GGGGGGUUUUCUCUUGGAUUUUACAAGCUCGAAGGUGGGCGAAAAGGGCUUGGACAUACCUGGGCCUGGAACGUUUAAUCAGAAUCAACGAGGAGAGACAUAUACCAGAAUAUUCAAAACCUAUGGAAUUAUAUGGCAAAUCAGCAUGGAAAGGAGAAGAUUAUGGUUUCCAGAACUGGGAGCAGUCAAAAACUUUAACAAGCCAAGAAAGAGCAAAAUAUAUCCCAGGGGAGAAAGCAAAUAAAGCCAUUCCCUGCAGAGAAGGGAGCCCAGCUCCUUGUGGAACUAGUGUCCAGUUGAGAAUUGAUACUGUGGAUAAUGGAUGGAAGAGUGAGAAUGAUGGGAAGCAAUCAGAAAAAGUCAAAUCUGAGGAACUGAAAGAGAAUUUUUGGAAUCAAAGCAGACCAACAGGAGAAGAAGGAAGUUUUGUGGAGAAAAGAGUUGAUAAAUCUAUUACUUCUCAAGGUAGAAGUUUCAGUGAAACCCCAGUGCAACCUAACAGCCAAACAGAUAAGAGAUGUAAUAAUUGUCUGACUAUUCACCAGUUAAUCCACGCAGAGGGAAAGUCAAAUAAAAACUUCAAAUUUGGAAAGAGUGUGAAUUGGAACCACAACCUUGCUGAUGGUCAAGCAUUUCUCGAAGACAAGAAACCCUAUAAAUGUUCAGAGUGUGGAAAGGGCUUCAAUCACAGCUCAAGCCUCCCUUCGCAUCAGAGAAUCCACACAGGGGAGAAGCCCUAUAAAUGCUUAGAGUGUGGGAAGAGCUUCAAUUCAAGCACAAGCCUUUCUUCACAUCAAAGGACACACACUGGGGAGAGACCAUUCAGCUGCUUGGAUUGUGGCCUGAGCUUCCGGGACCAUUCAGGCCUUAUUAAACAUAAGCGGAUUCACACUGGGGAAAAACCCUACAGUUGCUCAGACUGUGGCCUGAGUGUUAGUACUCAGUCAAGCUUAGUUAGACAUCAGAGAAUCCAUACAGGAGAGAAACCAUAUCGGUGCACGGAAUGCGGGAAGUACUUUGGUCAGAGCACAGAUCUUGCUUCACACAGAAGAACCCACACAGGGGAGAAACCAUAUAAAUGCUUGGAGUGUGGGAAAAGCUUCAGUCGAAGCACAAGCCUAACUUUGCAUCAGCGCAUCCACACUGGGGAGAGACCAUACAGCUGCUUAGACUGCAACAAGAGCUUUUCUGAUCAGUCAAGCUUUAUUAAGCAUGAAAGAAGCCACACAGGAGAGAAGCCAUAUAAAUGCCUGGAGUGUGGUAAGAACUUCAGUCGGAGCACAAGCCUUUCUUCGCAUCAAAGGACACACACUGGAGAGAGACCGUUCAGUUGCUUGGACUGUGGCCUGAGCUUCCGGGACCAUUCAAGCCUUGUUAAACAUAAGCGGAUUCACACUGGGGAAAAGACGUACAACUGCUCAGACUGUGGCCUGAGUUUUACCACUCAGUCCAGCCUAGUUAGGCAUCAUAGAAUCCAUACAGGAGAGAAACCAUAUCCAUGCUUGGAAUGUGGGAAGUACUUUGGACAGAGCACAGAUCUUGUUUCACAUAGAAGGAUUCACACAGGGGAAAAGCCCUAUAAAUGCUUAGAGUGUGGUAAGAGCUUCAGUCGAAACACAAGCCUAACUUUACAUCAGAGAAUACACACCAGGGAGAGACAAUAAAGUAGGAAAAGCUUUUGUUUUAUCAAGCAAAAGAAAACUUAUGCAGAGAAGAAGUCAUACUUAUAUGUGCAGAAAGAUCUUCAGAAAACAAGCAUUACUUCAAAGGAUAAACUUGGUCUUUUCAUCAGCCUAUGUAGACUUCUUUUACUUAAUUGUAUUUUUGAAGGUAGCCAUAUGAAAAAGUUAUUUUUUGGUACUCAUUCUCUUGACAUUUCUGCUAUGGUCAUUAAAAUAUAGAUUAGAAAUACAUUGGUAAUUCUAAUGCAUUGUUUAAAUUGAAAAGUACGAGUAAUUAAAUUUUACAUUGCUUGCAAAGAAUGUUCUAUUGGAACAAAAGGUAGACAAAGUAUAUAUCUGUAAGAAAUUUUUGAACACUUUCAGAGCAACCAUCUAAAUUUGCGUAAAAUAAUUGCAUGGAGUAAAAUAAACCAUGCUGUUUCCCCUGACAGUGCCAGUUAUAGCUUGCACUAUAGGAAGGAAAUUAGGCUGAUAACCUAUAGAAUGGAGGGAAGCAUCCAGAUGCAAUUGCAAGCGAAGGGGAAAGCUUUAAUACAUUAAAGCUUUAAAGGUCUGUAAUUGAUCACUAGGAACUUUUAAUAUAUUCCUGGAGAUAAGCUACAUAAUGGGACUUAACCUCUUGAGUAGGUUUGCCUAAAAUUGUGCUGUAAGCCAAUAAAAGGUCAAAGAGGAAAUGCAGACCAUUGAAAUCAGACUGAAUGUGUCUGAUCAAGUUUGUUCUAUGAUGGGGCAAGAGCAGAAGGGGGGGGAAUCACCGCCAAUUAAGAGACGAUAAGCAAUGCCUGCAAGUAAAAUGCAAAAGGGAGCUUCUGAGAUAGGAGAGAUCUUGAGGAAAAUGGUUGGUACUUUAAAUUGCAUACUACAUACUUAUUUUGUUCAGUAAAUAUAGAUAGUCCUUGCUUAGCAAUCACAGUUGAGACCAGCAGCUGUCAUUAAGUAAAAUGGUUGCUAAGUGAAAUGACUGCUUGUAAUCUUACGUCAGCUUUCCUUUCCUUUGCAGACCUGUGAAGAUCAUAAAUUUGAGGAUUGGUCACAAAGUUACUUUUUCAUCACUGUCAUAACUUUGAACAGUUGCUAAAUGAGGACUUCCUCUAAUGCCAAAAUAUGCAGUAGCUGUAAAGGGAAUGUCAUAAAUUUCAUAUAAAAGAUGUAAAGUACAGGUAUUAGCAGACUGAAAGGUUAGAUUCCUUGUUGAAUAGUAUUGCUGAAAUUGUGACUUCGUACGAUGUAACAGAACAGUUGGGAAAUUGAUAGUGGGGGGUUUUUUUUAGAUUGCUUCAUUCUGGAUUUAAUUUAAAAUCAUAUUUUUUUAAAAAAAACGUUGAAUCACCAAGAGAUUAAAAACCUGUUG